UCCCGAGCAUCCCGACCAUUCUUCCGGUCCCUUUCUUCCUGCCGAGCAUCCCGACGAUCGCCAAGCCACAGCCGGACAAUCUCCAAGCACCAGCCGGACGUUUUUCGUUUCUCGUUCUCGUUUGAAUCCUUCAGAGACCUGAGGGAACUCAAAGCUUUACAGUGCGCAUGUUUCACAAAUGGUUGUCCUUAACUCUAAUGUGACUCAUCCAUUAGGAUUAUUGAAUGAUCCUAAUGCUUUUCCAGUUGAUGGGUUUAGCGGGUCUUUGGUUGAGUUUAUGGUCAAAGAAACUGAGAAGCUUCAUGCUCGUGUAUCCACCUUUAAAGUAUCCACAGGAAAGUAUGGGAUAUAUAUGUACUUUAAAAACCUUCUUCCCAGAUUGGUUAAGGAAGGAGAUGAUGGUAAUUGUGGAUCAACAGCAGUAUGUGACACAAUUUGUCUUCAGGCCCUUUCGAAGAGAAUUCAAUAUGGGAAAUUUGUAGCAGAGGCUAAGUUUCGAGCUUCGCCCGAGGACUAUACAAGUGCAAUAAAAGCACAACUAAGACCGAAAAUGGCUGAUGGAUUUACUUACAUAUCCAAUGGUUGAAGAAGCAGUGAAGAGAAUGGUGGAGAUAAAAUCGAAAACUCAUGGUCAAGAAGUGGUGAUUAAUCAGGGAGAUGAACUGGUUUCAGGUUCAGAUCCGAAUUACAGAAUAAAACCAAACUUGGUUGGGGAUUUGUAUGGAGAUUGGAUCAUGCCAUUGACAAAGGAAGUUCAAGUUGAGUAUUUGUUAAGAAGACUUGAUUGACAUGUAAUAAUAAUAAUAAUAAUAUGUUAUUAGAUUACUUACUACUUAUGUAUUAUAAAUCAAUGCCCUAAUGUUUGGCCUCCCCUGUUUUAGAAC